GUUAUAGACCAAGAGAAAAAAUAUGCUUUAGAGAAGCAUUUUCAGUCAAUUUAUGAAGUAGAAGAUGGGGUUGUAGAAGAAGAACCACCUUUUGAGAAUCCAGAAACAAAUAAGCUUUCUGAAAAGUGCCUUCAAGGAGCAUUAAGAGUAUAUUUUGCUUACCAGGAUGGACAUACAGAGCAUCUUGAACAAAUCUUCUGA